AUGCCCGGUGCAAACGUAGCAGUCCUCCCGCCCCCCGCGGCCUCGACAGCCUCUUCGCGAAAGGCCUCGCUGGCACCCGAACGCAAAUACAAGUGCCAGUUUUGUAACAGGGCCUUCAGCAGGAGCGAACAUCGAAGUCGCCAUGAACGAUCACACACCAAAGAGCGACCUUUCAAAUGUAUGAAGUGUAGAAGCACUUUUGUCCGUCGCGAUCUUCUUCUCAGACAUGAUCGUACAGUCCACGCCAAGGAUGGCGGCGUCCCACUUCACAGCGAUGGCAAACGCCGGGCUGGCCCCAAAACCCGCGCUGUCGGCGCGCCUUCGAAAUCAUCUAUCGCCAUCGAUACCUCCACUCUGGAGCAAAUGGAAUCCGGUGCCGAUGCCAUGUUCGACGUCGAAGCUGCAGCCAUGCUUGUAGCCGAUCUACAUCAUAAAGCCACAGCUGCGAUGCGCGAAGACCACUCAUACGAGGACACUUCUAUGACAUACUCACCUCAUAACGCUGCUACCAUAGAAUCUACGGUGACAUACCCAUCCGGUGCUAUUGCACUACCUCAAGUUCAGUGGGACGGUUUCAUGUCUCAGUCAGUCGCUGAGCCCAAGGCACACUCCAUAACCUCAAGCGCGUCCGGUUCAUUCGAGUCACAGCCUUCCUUUACCAGCGGAGCUGCAAUGCAGCCCCAGUCCAACAACCAACUGCCCCCUAUCAACGGCCAAAACUGCAAUGGUCUGGUUCCCGCUUUACAGUCGAUGAUCAACUCGUUACCAAACUCUGCCGCCGCGCCACCAUCCCCUUGGGUUUCAGAGUCCUCUAAAGCUGGUUACAAGGCUCCAGAGGUGUUGGGUGACGAUGAGCGCAACGCCAUCUUGGACAACAUUCGCAAUGCAGACAGCGAGCAUGCCAUUCCCGAGGGCUUCCGUCUUCCGGGCCUUGGAUCAUUAAAUCGAUACCUGUCAACAUACUUCGGGCUAUUCCACCACCAUCUACCUUUCCUACACCCGGCCUCAUUCCACCCUACCAAAGUCUCGCCCCAACUGUUGCUAGCAGUCCUCAGUAUUGGUGCCCUCUAUGCUUUUGAUCAAGAACAAGCAUACAUGCUCCACAUUGGCUCCAAGGUCCUGGUUAACCAAUUUCUUCAAAGUAAGGAGAAUUUCAGCUCUCGCAAGUGUCCUUUAUGGACGAUGCAGAGCAACCUGCUGAACAUGAUCUUUGCUAGCUGGAGCGGUGAUCCCAAAGGCCUUGAAUGGACGUGCUCGAUCAAGAGUCUGCUCGCCAACAUGGUCGCCGGUAACAGGUAUGAGCUCAAGCUCCGACAGGAAGCUCGCACAGGCGCAAAGCCAACCCGUGCCGAAUGGGUCGAGGAUGAAGGCUGUCGCCGCACAUACUAUGCAGUGUACAUCUUCUUUGGCCUGUUGACUCUUACUUAUAACCACACACCUGCCAUCAGUUUCAGCGAAUUUGAAGAUCUACAGCUUCCUUCUACGGAAACACUCUGGAACUUGCAGGUUGCAGACGAGGCGACGUGGCAAGAGCAUCUUACAGCUUCUACGACUGUGACCUUUAUGGAGGCUCACGACAACCUUUUCCAAGGCGAAACUCUUCGGUACAGCACAUUUGGUACUCGUGUCAUGAUCAAUGCUUUGUUCCUCGAGGUCUGGUAUCAUAAGCGAAGCCCUGAAGCACUGCAAGAUGUGGUUACAGAGUACAAGCUGCGGCUGGCUCUAGAGACAUGGGAGAAGUCUGUUGACAUGUGCGAGACCGAAGCAUUCCCAGUUCCUAUCAGCGCUCCUCACAAGGGCCACCCCUUGAUCUUCAACGCCAAAGCCAUGUACCGUAACGCCCGUGCCCGCCUGGAGGUUGACCUCAAGGCGGUACAAGAGGCUUUGCGCUACCAUGAACCCUACGAGGUUGCGGCCGCGAUGACGCACGCCCGUGAUCGCGUAAAGCGUUCAAGUGAGAUGGUCAAGGUUAUUGAUGAAUGCUACAACUGCCUCGAAACCGUUGUCUCCCAAGGAGUGAGAUGGAUCGCCCGUGUAUCGCCUACCAACUGGAGCGUGGAGCAUGCGCUCUGUGGAAUGGAUCUCAUGAUUAUUCUAUCUCUGUGGCUCUAUCGUCUGGAACACGACGAGGAGCCUGCUACCCAGGAGGAAUUGGCAAUGUACAACAAAGUCCGUCAGCUUCUGGUUAAGGAAAUUGAUGAAAACUACAUGUCCCAGCUGAGUGCAGUUGUCGCACGACUCUGGGGCUCAAUUCUGGAUGAAGUUGUUGUUUGGGGUAUGACACGACUCAUGGGCGAUUCUUUCAAACUACACUCUCAGGCUCUCGUCGGCUAUGUCGAUGAUCCUGAGGCUUCCUCUAAUGUUUCCACCCCCUCGAUGAUCUCGCAGGGGGCUGAUGAGGACAGCGUGUACUAA